AUGUGUGUCAGCAGCUGUUUGGUGUAUUGUUUCUGUCACAGCACGAUGGAAGUAAUGGGAGAAGACAUACGCGGGUGUCCAGAAAGCAGCACCGUGGAUGCAACCAUUGCGAACCAUCUACAGAAGCAAGUUCCGCUCUACCUAAUGGCAAUCAGCGCUCCUUCUUCCAGCCUUUCGGUUCUGAUGAUUAUAGAACACAAGAGCUCGUCAACUAUUGCAACAACUAUUGGGUUUCCAUGA